CAUGACCUGAGCCGAAGUCAGACGCCCAUUUACUGAGUCACCCAGGUGCUCCCAAAAUGAAUGUUUUAGAAGUGAAUGAUACACAGUUGGUGGGAGUGUCAACUCCCCCUCUGUGGAGAACAACUUAGCACUAUCAAUCAGAACGAAAAAUUGAACACACCCUUUAACAAGCUCUACAAAUUUAUUCAUGUUCAUAGGCAUCAAAAAGCAUUACUAGGUUUAAAAACAAGUUAGGGCCUCGCUCUCCUUUAGGCCAGCCGCUGGUCGUCCCGCCCCAACCCCGCGGUCAAGGCGCCCCAAUGCUUGAGCGCGCCUUCCGGGCUUGGUUUUGGGGUCUGUAAGCCCGGCGCUCCCAAGACUCGCCGCGCUCCGGGCCUGUCACCGCACUUAACGCCCACCCGGGGCCGCCAGUCAACAACCGAGCCACUUUUUCCAGGCUGGAUCCCAGUCCCCAGCCCCGCCUCGAGCCUUGUUCCCGCCCUUAAUCCCGCUCCGUGGUUUAGUUCCAGCCCCUAGCUCAUCCCUGGGUCUCCCGUCACCGCCCCAGGCUUGCCCUCGGGUCGCUAGUCACUGCCCCGUCAAGCCUCCGGGCUCUGCCCUAACCUCAGCCCCGCCCACAGUCUUGUCCCCGCCCUUGACCCCGCCUCCGGGUGCGUCACCGCCUCAGCCACGCCUUCCGGGCUCAGGCCUGGUUCCCAGCGUGUCCCCUGCGCUCCAUCCAGAUAGUGGGCGGGUCUGUCGCCGGGGCCCAACCCUGUCCCCGCGAGAGAAAAGCUGAAACUCUCCGCCGGCUGCUGGAGGCGGCGGCCUCCGCCUUGCCGGCACCCCCAGCCACCCGCCGCCUGCUGGCCCCCGGAGGGUGAGAUCGUGAAUCCCCUUACAGCCACAAGCGGAAGUGCGUGUCGGCGGGAUCAUGGCGACUUUGGCGGACCUGCCGGACUCAGUCCUGUUAGAGAUCUUCUCUUACCUCCCGGUCCGGGAUCGAAUUCGCAUCUCCAGAUGCGGCCUAAAGUCAUGUGGCACCUCCUUCGCCGCUAUAUGGCAUCCCGGCUCCGUUCCCUGCGGGUGGGCGGCUACCUGUUCUCAGGCUCCCAGGCCCCCCGGCUGUCCCCCGCCUUGAUGAGGGCCCUGGGCCAGAAGUGCCCUAACCUGAAGCGUCUCUGCCUGCAUGUGGCUGACCUGAGCAUGGUGCCCAUCACCAGCCUGCCCUGCACCCUGAGGACCCUGGAGCUGCACAGCUGCGAGAUCUCCAUGGCCUGGCUCCUCAAGGAGCAGGACCCCACCGUGCUGCCCUUGCUCGAGUGCAUCGUGCUGGACCGGGUCCCUGCCUUCCGUGAUGAGCACCUGCAGGGUCUGACGCGCUUCCGCGCCCUGCGGUCGCUGGUGCUGGGCGGUACCUACCGAGUGACCGAGACGGGGCUGGAUGCGGGCCUCCAGGAGCUGGGCUACCUGCAGAGGCUGGAGGUGCUGGGCUGCACCCUCUCAGCUGACAGCACCCUCCUGGCCGUCAGUCGCCACCUCCGAGAUGUGCGGAAGAUCCGGCUGACCGUGAGGGGCCUCUCUGCCCCCGGCCUGUCCGUCUUGGAGGGCAUGCCAGCCCUGGAGAGUCUGUGCUUGCUGGGCCCUCUCAUCACCCCAGAAAUGCCUUCCCCGGCUGAAAUCCUCUCUUCCUGCCUCGCCAUGCCCAAGCUCAGGGUCCUUGAGCUGCAGGGGCUGGGGUGGGAGGAUCAGGAGGCCGAGAGGAUCCUGUGUAAGGGGCUGCCGCACUGUAUGGUCAUCGUCAGGGCCUGCCCCAAAGAGUCCAUGGACUGGUGGAUGUGACUGCACCACCCAUCCACGUUGGCUUUCAUGGGUGAGCCCCAGACCCUCUGGACAGCACCUUGCAGAGGGCCCGUAACCAGGUUGAGAGAGCCCAAAGCCACAAGGUAGAACGAAGGCCUGGGGGCCUCCGGACAGUUGGAAUCCCUGUUUGCCAGUUGUUUGGCCUCUGUGACAUCAGCCAGCUUCUCGGGGGGCCUAUCCCCACAUCUGGAAGUGGGGAAGAUCAUAGCUACCUCAUGGUUAUGUCGCGAAGCCUUACUCUUUACCAGCCCCUGGGCCAAAAAGGUCCUCGACGAUGGGUCAUUCUCAGGAACAGAAUGGAUACAGCAGGGUGGGGUUAAGGGUUAGGGGGAGCUGAGGGCCAGGGCCCCUUUAGGAGGCCUGGCAAGACUAUCUAUGCAUGCGCACCCCCACGCUGACACGCCAUUGAUCCACGAGGGAUGCGAUGAGAAAGCCCAAGAAGACUUCUGCUUUGACGAUUGAAAGUGUCAGUGAAGGUUCUCAGUUGUACUUUCGGUAUUUUGGUGUUCUAUAUUUUCAAAUUUUUCCACAAUAUAUAUUAUUUUGCUAUUAAAGAAAAAUAAUUUUUUGUUUCCCAAAA